AUGGGAGUGACCGAUGUCGUGAUGUGUCCGGCGUUCUACUCCACACUCAUGGGAAGAGCGGCAGAAUGGUUCAAGACCUUAGAACCAGGAUCGAUCCCGUGCUUUGCUGAGCUCGCCAAGAAGUUUGUACACAAGUUUGCCACCUCCCGAGUGGUACGAAAGCACUUCACGUACCUCGAAAAGGCAAAACAGCUAGAAGGAGAGUCCCUGACGGACUUUUUGAUCAAGUGGAAGGCUGCAAUAGGAGAAGUGGAACCGCUCGAUGACCGAACGGCUAUAAAUGUCCUUCACUCUAAUCUCCGAGCAGGUGCCCUUUAUCAGGAGUUCAUCCUUCAUCCCCCGACGACUUAUGAUGAGGCCAUACGCCGAGCCACUAACUAUGCCAAUGCGGGUGAAGCAAAUAUGGCCAAAUGGCAACAGGAAGCCGGUACCAGUAGGAAGCCACAGGGUCGACAGAACGACCAGUUGGGAAGAGGUCGAGGCAGGGCGCAAGAUUUCACCUCUCUAAACAAACCGGCCGUAGAUGUCUUGCGACACGCACAGUCUUGCAAUAUGAUUCAACUCCCCGAACCUCUCAGAGACGGUCGAGAUAAAACCAAACAAUGCGAUUAUCAUUGUUGCAAGGGCCACGACACGGAGGAAUACAUCACCUUGAGGCAGAUAAUCGAAGAUUUGUUACGAUCGAGUAAAUUGACGGAGUUCACAGAAAGGAAGGACGAAGGUAAAAAAAUCGUUGUGGAAGAACCCCUUCAAACGAUUGGGUAA